CUCACGUAAACCCAAACCCCUCCGAUCACCGCCUCGUGACUUCAUGAGCUCAGGCCGGAGAGACCUGGGACCGUAAGAGGCGGAGACUUGUAAAAGCGAAAGCACAGUCAUUCUACAUUUCAACUUCCUUUCGCUUUAUUCUCUCUAAUAGCAUAGCGAGAGAAAGAGAGAUUGCAUUUGUGGCAAUGGCGUCUCCGACUUCGUCGUGUAACUCGUCGCAUUCGACUCCGUUUUCGUCCUCCAAAUUCUCGUCUCUUCCGGUAAUGGCGAUGAGGGAGAAAAUCGUCGAGAAAAUCCUCGAAAAUCGCGUCACUCUCAUCGUCGGCGAGACUGGCUGUGGAAAGAGCUCACAAGUUCCACAGUUUCUUCUGGAGGACGGCAUGGAACCCAUACUAUGUACACAACCUAGGAGAUUUGCUGUUGUAGCUGUUGCUAAAAUGGUUGCAAAAGCGCGCAGCUGUGAAGUAGGAGGAGAAGUUGGAUAUCACAUAGGUCAUUCAAGGCACCUAUCGGAAAGAUCUAGGAUUGUUUUCAAAACUGCUGGAGUUUUGUUGGAUGAAUUGCAAGAGAAGGGGAUGAAUGCACUUAAGUACAAGGCUGUUAUUCUUGAUGAAGUACAUGAAAGAUCAGUAGAAUCUGAUCUUGUGCUUGUCUCUCUGAAGCAGUUUCUGUUGAAGAACAAUGACCUGAGGGUGGUUUUGAUGUCUGCUACUGCAGAUAUUUCAAGAUACAAAGAUUACUUCAAGGAUCUUGGCAGGGGGGAACGAGUUGAAGUGCUUGCAAUCCCUAGCUCCAAUGAUAAAACCGUAUUUCAACGAAGUGUUUCAUAUCUUGAACAGAUAACUGAAUUUCUCGGAAUAAGUUCAGAUUUACCAUCUUAUUGUUCUGGUCCUAGCCCUUCCAUGGCUAGUGCUGAUAUUAAGCCUGAUGUGCACAAACUUAUUCAUAAUUUGGUGUUGCAUAUCCAUGAGAAUGAGCCAGACAUUGAAAAGGGCAUUCUGGUUUUCCUUCCAACAUACCGUUCACUGGUGAAGCAAUGGAACCUUCUGAAGUCGCUUAGUUCAUAUUUCAAAGUUCACAUUUUACAUAGCAGUGUUGACACUGAAGAAGCUCUUAAGGCUAUGAAGAUCUCGAGGUCCCAUCGUAAGGUAAUAUUGGCUACGAAUAUUGCGGAGUCAUCUGUGACAAUUCCUAAGGUGGCAUUUGUUAUCGAUUCAUGCCGAUCCUUACAAGUGUUUUGGGACAAGAACCGAAAAAAGGAAUCUACAGAGCUUGUUUGGGUUUCCAAAUCUCAGGCUGAGCAGCGUAGAGGAAGAACUGGUCGAACUUGUGAUGGCCAGGUAUAUCGGUUGGUGACGAGAUCAUUUUUCAGCCAGCUUGAGGAUCACGAGCACCCAUCUAUACUGAAGUUGUCAUUGAGGCAGCAAGUGCUUAUGAUCUGCUGUGCCGAAUCUAAAGCCAUUAAUGAUCCCAAGGCCUUGCUGCAGAAGGCUCUGGAUCCACCAGAUCUUGGAGUUGUUGAAGAUGCAUUGAGUUUGCUUGUUGACAUGCAUGCAUUGGAUAAGACGUCUCCAAGAGGCCGAUAUGAGCCUACAUUUUAUGGACGAUUGCUUGCCUGUUUCUCAUUGUCUUUUGAUGCUUCUGUGCUAAUACUCAAGUUUGGAGACAUUGGAAUGCUGCGUCAAGGCAUUGUGCUGGGUAUAUUGAGGGAUACACAACCUCUACCCAUUCUUCAUCCUUUCGGAGACGAAGAUUUGUUUACCAAGUAUAUCGACUGCUACUUUUGUGGAGAUAACAAUACUGUCCUAACUGGACGAAAGGAGGUGGAAUAUAUGGGAAACUUAUGUGCAUUUCAGUUUUGGCAACGCGUUUUCAAGGAUAAGCAACGUCUCGAACAUUUGAAGCAAGUUCUGAAGUUCAAUGAGAUGAAAGCUACCACAGCGCUGCUGCCCCAGAUUGAAGAAGAAUGGUGCUCUUUCCAUAAUCUUGUGCAGUCUUCAUUACAUCACGUCUCUGAAAUAUAUGAAGAUGUAUUAAGUUCAGUGCAUCGUUUUCGGCCCAAAUUUCUGGCUACAUCCAAUGGCCUACCAUCCUACUACGAUCCUUAUGAAUUUGAACAUACAUGCCUUCUCAAUUGUCAGCCUGAUGGAGAUAGAAAUGCGCACACUGUGGAAGAUGAGCACCUUGAGCCAUCUAGUGGAAUAAGGAAAUGUCUUGCUGUACCAUUUGUUGCUUCCAAUCACUUUCAAACCAAUGACGCGGUUGAAAAGUUAGCAACUGCUACCAAAGAGAUAAGAGUUAUGUACACAGAAGACAAAUCUGGAGAUCAGCAGAAAUUUUUUGAUGAUGGCAGUUCUCAUGUCAAUGGGGAGGCUCCUCUCUGUGUAUAUUUUAUUAAUGGGUCCUGCAACAGGGGCAGUCAAUGCUCGUUUUCUCAUUCACUAAAAGCGAAUAAAUCAAGUUGCAAAUUCUUCUUUUCUUUCCAGGGUUGUCGAAAUGGAGAUUCAUGUUUCUUUUCUCAUGAUCUGGGUCCAUCAGUAUCUUCUAGCUCAACUUUAUGUCUGCCAGAAGAUGCUAAUGCAAAUGCUGGAUCCCUUCUGCGACUGUUCCCCACAUCUCCACAUGGACGCAUUCUUGUGUUGGAUGACAUGGCCUUACAUUUCUCCUCAAAUCUUGCUCGCCACUGUGCUCCAUCCAAGAUAAUUUCCACAACAUGUUUGUCCGAUACCUCAAUCAGUGACCCAUCCUUAUCAGGUGUCAGAAUUUUGUGGGGCAUCCAUAACCCUUACCAGAUCAUCAUUAAAGAAGGGGAGAGCCCAAUCCCGUGGAAUGAAGUUAAGUGUGUGCUAUGGUUUCCUAACUUUGAUACUUGUGAAAAUUUGGAUGGGCAAAAAAUUCUUUUGCAGAAUUUCUUUCAACAUCUGGCUAUCCGUAUAUUGGCUGAUGCCCUGUAUGAAGUGCAAAUUAUCCUUACCAUGAACAGUAUCCGAUUUUCACAACUAAAGGUCGAAAAGUUGGGCGGUGAUUGCUUCUUUUUUCUUACCGAGUCAUUUCCAUUCGACGAAACAAGCUUUGGGAAGUUGUCGGACUCAGUAACCACGAAGAAGCCAAUGUUGGCAUCGAGGCCCAUCUCGUAUGUUUUUGAUCUGCACCCACCUUCUGACAUUCAGUUUGGUGAUUAUGCGGUGACACUCCACAAACAUCUGCAUGGUACCCAGAGAGACUUUUAGAGGAUUUCCUGAGGGUGCCUGCAUAAGGUUCUCGGGUUAUAUUUAGGAACAAGAUUGUGUAUAUGUUGGUUGUAAAGUUAUUAGCCUUGGGCAUUGUGUAGUUAUACCAGGAUAAUGACAUAUUCUAGCCAAGUCUCAUUUGGUGAUGCACUGUUAAGUUUAAUAAUGUUGGUAUUUUGAUUUAAGGAUCCCAUGUUAGUUUCAGUUAGGUGGUUUGUUAUAACUGGUAUAAAUUUUUUGAGGCAGCCGAUGAAACUAAUCCAUUCUGUAGAAUCUAUUUAUGCUGCCCCCGAAAGAGGUGGUGUUAUUGAAA